CAUGGGGAGGUGACGUAAACUUCAUUUUUUUAAAUUGAGCUAGAAAGGCAAUUGGGCUCGCACAAUACUUCACAUUACUAAAAUGAUAAUAUUAUUAAUUGGAAUGUGUAUAUAUCCUAACAGAGUUAAUUCAGUGAAGUUUAAACCGUCACCUUCCCGUUAUAAUAACAGUUGUUUAUAGUAUCACAAAUAAAUUAAUAUUUUGAAGUAAGCUAAAACUAAAAUUUUACCUUCUAGCAACUCUUAAAGAAAAACAACUCAACUAAUAAUGGAAGAGUCGCCGAACGGAAUGUUAAGCUCACAAGUCCAGAUAAUCGGUUGGGACAUGAACUCUCCUCAGACAACCAAGAUAUCACCCAGAUCAGUAAUCUUACCUCGUCCUGCUGGCGAAUCAUCGAGUUCACCAUCGGGAGUAUACUUCAUUGAACAGUGGGGCACCCACCAGAGGAACAAGAGGAGAAUAAGAAGACCUCCUAAACCCAACCUUUACAAGAGAUACGAUUUUACCAGUGCUCUGGAUUCACCCGAGAUAUCGGACUCGUCGGAUUUUGACGAUUUUAGCGACGAUGUGCUGUCCCAGAUCCGUCUGACUCCGCUGCUGAACAAAACAAAUAACACGUGCUCCGCUACUAGCGGGGAGGUGUCACCCACUGGACCUGGCCCUAGUCACAUGGCCCCUUCAAAGGUACCGCAAGUGUUUAAGACGCCGACAAUGUUCAAGACGCAAAGCCGAGCGAGUCACGAGCAGACUACAGUACAACCUCGGAAACUCACUGCUGAGUUUGAUAAGGCUAAAUCACCGGUUCAACCAGCUCGGUCGAAUAAGCAGCCUGCCACCAACUUCAGUAGAGUUCCUCAGAGAAACUCCUCUAAUUUAAACAAUCCCGGACCUCCUAACAAACCAGUCUUUACAAACAAACCAUCAGUUCCUGGCACUGCUAGUAGGCCAGUUUCAUGCAGCAAUCCAGAGAUCGACGACGAGGAUAUGAUUAGUGAUGAUGACGACGAAGUUUUGAGGCAGGCAGAUUUGAUUUACGCUUCCCAGUCGUCACAAAACUCAAAAGCUCAGGAAUGUUCCAAGGACAAACAACCGCUCAAAAAUGAACGACCACCAGAUUGCCAACAGUCUAAACUUCUUUUCAACACUUGCGAUCAGUCAGAACAGAAUAAAUAUAAACAAACAGUUCCUGUCAACCAGCAAAAACUUCUCCAGACAAAUCGAGAAAUAUCUGUACUGUAGAAAAUAAGAGAACUUCAUGGUUUCUGAGGACGAGUUCUCUGACGAUUCUUUUGAUGAUCUUGAAAUAGAUGAAGAUGUGCUGAAACGAAUUACCUCCCAAAAUGCUAAGUCUAAAGAAAUACCAAACCUCCUGCGAACACCUCCAAAAGGGGCUUCACCGGACCAUAAGAAACAAAGAUUAUCGCUCAGUCUCAGCAAGAAAAAAGGCAAGACAAGAUAGGCAAUGACUACCAAACUUUCCCUUUGUUCACACUGUUCUUUGCUGUUUGAUAAAACUUUGGUUAUCAAAUAAUUGGGGGUUGAUGCAAUUGACCAUGCAUGUUAUUUUUACCGUUUAUUGCAUGGCAUGGACCCAGUGGUAAAAUGUUGGUGGAUGUAACUUGCUAUUUGUGUUUUCUGUAGCCGCUCGUUAUGUGAUGUAACUGUGCAAUAUUUUUCAAACUUAGUAAAUCAUAAUUUCAGAUCUUUCAAAGUUAUAAUUUUGCUCUCCCACUUCAUUCCCUGCCACAUGGAUCCAUGUCUGUUGUUUAUAUGACUAAUAGAAUAUUACUUGAUUUAAGGGUUAUUUUAACAAAAGAUGUUGGCGACAUGCUAGAAACAUUGAUAUUCAAAUUUCGGUUUGUUUUAGAUUUUAUCGCAGUUGUAUGUAUACAGUAUAUAUGAACUUGCAAAGAAAUGUACCACAACUCAUCUAUACUAUUUCACAUUGUAUCAUUUUUGUCGAUUUACUGUAACGAUGUAUAAUUAUAAUGUUCAAUAUGUUGACCUUUCUUACUCUUACUUUCUUAUUUAUUUGACG